AUGGCUUCCGAAAACCACCCUUUCUACAGCAUCUGGGCGUCUGAGUCGAUCCGUGAGCGGUUGUUCGCGAAUCUGAGCAAGUCGGAUAUCUGCUCAGUCCGGCUGGCCAAUUCAGCCUGCUGCAAUCUGGUCACGCGCCGGCUCUUCCAACGCGUGCAUCUCAGCUUCACGCCCAACAGCUUCACCAAACAGUCCCGCAUACAGGCCCUGGGCAGAAUCGGACACCAUGUCGAGCACCUUAUUUUCUACCUCCCUCACUCGGAAACCACAUUCCUUCCGCCGCUCAUCCACCCGCAGACAGGAUCUGAGAUCUCAUACCUUUACACACCGCACACAUCUAUGACCAGCACACUCACGAGACCCAAGUAUGGAAACUCGGAAUUGGGUGACAUUCUCACGCAGCAAUACCCGCCUCUCUUUCAUGCUUCGACAAAUGUUCCCAGCUUCAUCCACGCGAUGAAGAACUUGCCAAAUAUGAGACACCUGACUAUCAAGACACCUGGACAGGACGCCAGGGAACGGUAUAGGAGAGAUAUUGUCGACUACGCCCUCAUCAGUCUGAGGAUCGCCAUCGAGCGCACACCUCAAUUGACCAAACUAACAAAGCUUUCAUUGUCCGGUGUGCACCCGGCAGCAUUCUUGUAUCUGAAGUCUGAAGGCGGCCCUGGCUUCGGCUGCUCUCCACGUGGGCCUAAGCGAUGGCGCCAGAUCCGCAAGUUGCAUGUUUCAGUCGAAGCAUGGGAUUUCUAUGGCCCCGGCGGCCCAGGCCUGGACCAGCUCAAGAUCAUUGACGACUACCUGCGCAACUUCUCCGACUGUGUUGAGAAGCUCUCUUUCACUUGGACCGGCGCAAAGGGCCCUUGCCCCUUGGCGCUUGCGGAAGACGCGCUGUUUGACCCGCCAAGGGAGUGCAAGAAGCUUUUCAAUGAGGUCACAAGCCCCAUGAGCCCGCUUCCAGCCACUCCUGGUGUGAGACAGCCCAUGCGCUUUACUCGCCUGAAAUACAUGCAAGUCAGAAACGCGUCCAUGAGUGAGGCGCAAUUGAGGAGGCUCGUCGAAGGCCACAAGGCGACGGUGAAGGAGUUUGACUUUGAGAAUGUGGUGCUUCUCAAUGGUGGCAAUUGGGAUGAGGCACUUGCGCCUUUGAUGGCGCCCGCUGAGAAGACCGGCAGAGAGCGGAGCGAUACUUGGUCGAGAUACUCGGUCGGAAUGGAAGGCAACGACAACAUGCCUCCCCCCAGUCCUGUCGAGAGCGUCAGGACAGUGGCACCGAGGACUCCCAAGACUCCUAGGAGUCCAAGGACACCAAGGACCCCAAGAAGCAGUGUUGCCCAGGAUGACGAGGUCUCGGUCCGUCACCCUAGCGCUGCUGUGGAAGCUGUUGGCAGGGACUUGCUUGAUGAGAUCGAAGACGAGAUGGAGGCCUUUGUGGGUCUCAGCCGCAACACGUCCAAGGCGGAUGUUUGCUACUUCGACAACAAAGAGGAGAUUAUUGUCGAGCUGGAUGAGGAUCUCAGCGAAGAGCUCAGCCUCCAAAGGACACUCACCGCCAGUGACGAGGCUCACCUGCCCGUCACAGCUGCUACUAGCCAGGCCAGCCUGGACACUCUGGGCGCUGAGGAGGCCUUUAGCGGCAAGCUGAGGAAGAAGCGCGUGCGCAGGAGGAUCCGUAAGCCCUGGCACCCCAAGCGCGAGGAUGGUGAGCAGUCCGAGGACGAGGACGACCCCAACUAUUACCCUCCUCGUGCAAAUGAGGAGAUCAAGGAGAAGCACUCACUCGCCAGCUUCCUCCACCACAAGCGCUCUGGCUCAUCUUCGCAUUCGAGCAAGAACAGGAACGUGCUCCGCCGUGCGCGCCAGUCAUCGGACCCGGGACCAUAUUCUUCCUGCCAGAUCUUGGACCCGAACACGUACGAGAUCCAGCUGCCAGAGGUGAUUGGCUCUGAUGAUGAUACUCUCACCCUGAGGUCAAGCAACGCGAGCCAGAGUCAGACCACUCUGAAGUCAAGCAUUGCUAGCCAGAGCCAGACCACUCUGAAGUCAAGCAAUGCCAGCCAGAGUCAGAUUACUAUCAAGCCAUACAACGCCCCCAGCCAGAGUCAGACUCGACUGCCCAGGGCACCAUCUCACCCCUUGCCCCCGGUGCCACUCAACAUCUCGGCACCAAUGCCAGCAGAGCAACUCCCCGUCCUGCUGCAGCCAGCGGUGUACAACCCGCAGGCAUCGACGACGUCGAUCCCGAUGCCUCCAGGCUCAAGGGGUAGCGGCGACAGCAGCAACUCGAUCAGCGCGCCGCUGAUGCACGGAAACGGGCAGGGCCACAACGUCAACGACGGGCUGUCGGCGGUGCAGCGCAACCUGGAGCAGGAGGAGAUGCAGCUGCGGUUCGCCGAGGACGCCGAGGCGCGGGCCAACGCGCUGCAGAAGGCGCGCGACGCGGUGCUGCGCAAGCUGGGCAAGCUCAACGCGGCCAACGCCAUGAACAAGAUCGACGAGGGCCCGCGGCUGGAACAGCACCCGGCGCUGGUGCGGACCAACAGCGGGCAGGAGCGCGCCCCCACCGGGCCGCCGCCCGACAACAACAGCAAGACGCACCUGCGCAUCCGGGAGCUCCUCGGCGCCGGCGUGAGGCAGAACAGUGCCGAGACGUACAAGACCAUCGAGUCGAGCAGCUCCCUGCUCGUGCCACUGGUGUUUAGCGGCAACUGA